AUGGAAUUGCAACGAAGAUUAAAAACAACCCUCAAUAAGAGAACAAUUCCGAUCACGCCAAUUGAAUUAGAGCCUUUAGAGUCUUUAAACCAAGCGACCCCUUAUCUUCAGUCUCACAUGACGGCUGUGGAUUCUACGUCAACGUCAUUACCGGAUUCAAUAUCUGGAACUGUCUCUAAAAAUAGCAGUAAGGCUAGAAGAAUGCCAGGGACAUCAUCCGUUUUCGUCACAGUUAAGACUGUGGAAGAACUGGAAAACGAUUCCGUCUUGAACUACAUUUUGGAACGAGCGCUGCACAUACAAGAAUUUAUCACCAGUUGGACAACAAAAUGUAACAACAAAACAAUAGAUUUGAUUGGUCUUCUCUGGAAGAUAAACUUACCGUCAGCUAACCUUUAUGAACAGGAGUCAAAGUUAAACGUUAUGGAAUUAAAUUUGACCCCACAGCACAAAGAUAACCUGUUAAGAAAUCUCACAGGAUUUAAUCUUCAGUUGGACCCAAUUAACAAAGACGGAAACUGCUUCUUCAGAGCAACAGCCCGGCAGCUACAAAAACACUUGCAACGUUCGGAUUUGCAAAAUCUACAGCAUAUUUCCUCACUGGGGCUUGGAAUCAACGAGGAACGUGACACGGAAAACCUCAGACUACUUUUCGUGCGUGAAGUCACUGAGAAUGUCGAUGAAUACAGGGAGUGGAUGUCCUGUUCGUCAAAUGUACGGGAAAUUGAACGUUUUAAAACUGAUGGCCAUUUCGCAAGUGACAUUGGCGACAUCUGUGCUAAGGCAUGUGCUAAUCUCCUCCGUGUCCCGAUAAUUGUAAUUACAGCUUUGCCUAAUGUCCCAUCCAUUCCAUUUUUACCAAAACAUUUCAUCACUGCUGUACCUAUGUAUCUGGCGUACGACCAUUCAGGUCCAGGGCAUUAUGACGCUACAAAAGGUAAAUAAGCAUGCAUAAGGCAUUAAGACGGAAUCCACCAGGAAAUUGAGUAAUUUAAAUUUUCAUUGUACAAAAAUACCAGAAUAAUUCAAACAACAUCGCAUUCUUUUUUUGAUAUUUUCAAGGGCUAUGGAUGCAAUUAGUUAGCUGUAACACCAAAGAAUGUGAAAAGAAAGUGUCUCAUGAGAGCCAGAGAAAAUAAAUGUCAAAUUUCAGAAAAUGACACCUUACACGUGAAAUUUUCAGAACUUUACCUGUGUUUUCACAAUUCUCGUGAAAUUUGACAUUUAUUUUCUCGGGCUCCCAUCAGAAAUAGUCUUUGGUGUCAUUACAGAUAACUGUUUAUAUAUCCAUAGCCCUUGAAAAAUGUGAAAAAGAAUGCGAUAUUAUUUAAAUUGUUCUGGUACAAGGUUUUUGUUCACUGAAAAUCAAAAUUACUCAAUUUCCCGAUGGAUUCCGUCUUAAGCCUAGUUUAAGUGUAGCACGUUUGCUUGGAUGAUUUUGUUAUUGGCAUUUGUACGUUUUCCUGCCCGUGUAUGUUUAUAAAGGUCUUCUAAAUAAGCAAAUAAAUAUAUAAAGAAAUAAAUAACGAUUUAGAGGUAGCACAUCCACAAAGUGGUUCUUCUUCUACCUGAUUCCUGAUCGAAUUGGGAUUUGGAAAUGCUACCGGCAAAAAAAAACUCUCGGAGCAAAGGAGAGGAAGAACAACAAACUCAACCACAUAUGGCGUCGACGCCGGGAUUUAAAACCGGGCCACACUGGUGGGAGGCGAGCGCUUUCACUACUGCGAGCUACUGCGCCAUCCCAUGCUCUCCGAACUCGUUAUUACCUAUUGGAUUGGCAAUCACUCAAUCAUAAAUAUCAAAGAAGAUACUCUCUUAUUUACAGAUGAAGAAAAAAACGAGUAUCUAUCAUUUGAAACGUGGAUAUCUUAAAAAUCAACUAGUCCAUAGGAUAAUAAUAAUUGUAAUAAUAAUAAUUAAUCAUGAUAAUGAUGAUGAUGAUGAUGAUAACAACGAGGGUUACCAUUCCUUUGAGAGGUCUUACUUACACUGUAUUUUUUCUCUGGUAUGUUUCCAGAAUUUCUGAAUUCGAAUGAUGAAACGGAAGGAAAUGACACUAAAACCAGAUGUACCUGUGGCAAGAAUGUUAAAGACCCUUCCAAAAUGGCUUGCACAUCUUCUAAAUGUCCUUGUAACAGAAAAAGUCAAGCGUGCUCAAGAAAAUGUCGCUGCUUCAAUUGUAAGAACAAAAAUAAUGCUGCCUUUGAGGGAGAGAGGCAAUUAGGCGAAACACGGAAACGCAAACGCGGAUGUACAUGUGGUAAUACCUUAAACAAAGAAGAUAAAGGUCGUGUAUCGUGCAGAGAUGGAAAAAGAAAAAGAAAAUGUCCAUGCGUUGCCGAAGGACUCGGGUGUACCGAGUCAUGCAAAUGUUACAACUGUGCAAAUAUCUUUCAAAUUGGCGGUGUUUCCGCUUCACCAGGCACAGGAAGAAAGAGAAGGAGAGCUACCAUUUCAACCUACAAGAGACAACGAGGAAAAGAGUUUAUGGAAAGACAGAAAGCUCCAGUGACCUCGGGACCUUGGAGACUGCUAGAAACAUUGUGUCUUGUAGUUUGUAAAGAAAUUCUCUUCAUUAGAGAGCUUCCAAGAAAUUCAUCAAACUUUUCAACGCUGUACAACUUUGUUGCAGAAUCGGACAAGGUUAAGGAAAUGUCUUUAACGAUUGAACGAAAAAGUACAGCUCAAGUAGCGGCAAAAAUCGCACAUUUGUCAGAACAUAGUCAUUGUUGA